UCAGGGCCAGGCAAGUAUGUACCUAGCUAGCAGAGUUUCAGUUCUCCUGUACUAUAUUAGAAGACAGGCAGUUUAAGCGAGCAUUAGUACAGUGAAUAUAUCAAUGAUCUAUACUGUAGACACUAGAUAGUUCAACUGAAUGCAAAUCCUUGUGGGUUUUAUGCAAUUACUAAUAUUAUCAGAGUUUUAGCAACCUAUCCAACAAUCUACUGAUGUACAGUGAAGAUGGCCAGCCCAGAGAAGGCUAAGUGGAAAUUAUCAAAGAAGCUACAGCAUUGGUGCAAGACCUCUCUAUGCUACUGUUAUACGCUUCGCAAAACUGACUCCACAGACCCGGGAGAUAUUCCACCCUCGGUUACAGAACGAAGGGAAUCACAUGAGAGUCACCUGACAGACCACUCGGAAAGUGCCCAGAGUCAAGCUAACAGCCCAGUCAGAAGGAACUCUAAGACAGUGACAUGGCAGCCAGUGAUGGCAGCGAGUGAGGAAGAGGAUAAAUUACCGCCCAUCCCUUUAUCUGCAUCACCAUUGCCAGAAACUGCCAGUACCCGAGGCAGACUAACAACACAGAGUACUAUGGACUCAAUAAUUGAAGAGUUACCGGCACAUUUGAGAUCGUUGGAGGAUAGAAUGACUGCUCUGUUUGGCACCGCAUUCUUCAAGACAGUAGACGAGUAUGAGGGUGAUGAAGAGAUGGGGGAGGGCAGCUAUUACGAGGGGGAAACCGACUGGGGAGCAAUGGAGAUCAAACUACAGCUUUCCGAGCAACAUCUCAAAGCAAAGAUAUCUGAAGUAGAAGAGAUGGCGGAGAAUGUUCGACUUAGUGUAAAAGACAAGUUUGCUAACGGAGGAUUCAUGCCGUUUGAUUUCGAAGUCCCUCAAGCCAGAUCUCUCAGACACCGUAAGGCGACUUUCAGGAGCCCCCCAAUCUACACACACUCUGGGGGAUAUCGAUUCAUGGUUGAAGUGUCCCCCGGAGGUGAAGGAAUGGCUGAAGGAACACAUCUGAGCGUGAACAUAGUCUCCCUAAAAGGAGAUUAUGAUAGUAUUUUACAAUUUCCGGCCACUUUCACCCUAACAAUUAGAAUUAUGAACAGCUAUGCAGAAAGAAGCGGCCAUUUCACAAGAGAACUUGAGUGUGUGUAUGAGAAGCCUGUACCUUCAAUAGAGAUAGGUGGAGAAUUUGAAUUCAUCUUGCUUAAGCAAUUGUCUUGGAAUGAAGAAAAACAGACACAGUAUUUAAACAAUGACAAGAUUGACUUUCGAAUAAUGAGAGUUGUGUUCACAAGUAAGAAGUAA